GUGAUGCAGGGCUUGUGGUGUCUUCAACGGGUUGCGACCCCGCCUGCGGCGCCCAUGGCGCAUGCAGGAGCGGAAUUUGCGAAUGUGAAGCUGGCUGGGCCGGCAAAGGAUGCAGCCUCUUCUUGGCUGACGAAGGUGCAGAGCACUCCCCGCAUCAGGCGAGAGUCGUCUUGGAGCAUGCAGUGCUUGCACUGAUCGAGCAGGCCGCAAACGCAAGCGUGCCCAGAGGCGCAGCAAGCCAAGAAAUCCACGCUCCCACAGUUGCGAAAGAGACCUCCACCCCCGCACCGGCGGAGUCUGCCGGAGCCACUGCCAGCGGAGCUAUUCGUGUUGCUCGCGAGGCUGUCCUCGCCGUCAGCCGCACAGCCGCAGAGCUGCUCCCGACCUCCAACCUGAGAGGGGCCGACGCAUCUGCAUCGCUGCUGCAGAAGCCUGCGCUUACCCACGUGGCCACGAAGUGCGAAGCAAACUGCAGUGGUCAUGGGACCUGCGAGGAAUCCGGGCGCUGCGCCUGCAAGCCCGGAUGGAUAGGCAGCUUCUGCGACAUGCCUCUCUGCCCCAGCAACUGCAACAAGCGUGGGAUGUGCCUCCAUGGCAAAUGCUUGUGCGAACCUGGUUGGCAUGGCAAGGCAUGCCACAUCCAGCGCUACCUGUCUGCUCUCUUGGGUUUGAGCUCUUUUGAACAUUGUUUAGGCUUAGGGCCCUUAGGGCCUAAGGGUUUAGGGGUUUAG